UGCUCCAGCUCAACCAGGAAGUAAAGUUUCUAUUUUCUCUGGGCUCAGAAGUUUAAUACCAGGCAAAGCAGAGGGGAAGGGGGGAGUGGACGAGGCCUCCCAGAAGAGGAGAUCAGAGUCACAGCUCCUAGUUGUGGGAAAGGAUGACGACGCUCAUUCACAGAGGGCGGCGUGCUGACGUGGGCAAGAACGCCGACAAGAGGCUGGAGGGUGAGGAUGACGACUCGAAAGACAGACACCUGGAUGAGGAGGAGUCUGGUGACUCCAAAGAUAUCCGCCUAACCCUCAUGGAGGAGGUGCUGCUCCUGGGACUGAAGGAUAAGGAGGGCUAUACGUCCUUCUGGAACGACUGCAUCUCCUCGGGCCUGCGUGGCGGCAUUCUCAUCGAGUUGGCGCUGCGUGGACGCAUCCAGCUGGAGCCGCUCACCAUGAGGAAGAAGAGGCUGCUGGACAGAAAGGUGCUCUUAAAGUCAGACACCCCGACCGGCGACGUCCUGCUUGACGAGACCCUCAAGCACAUCAAAGCCACAGAGCCUGCAGAGACAGUCCAGUCAUGGAUAGAGCUGCUCACAGGCGAGACCUGGAACCCCUUCAAGCUGCAGUACCAGCUGCGCAAUGUGCGGGAGCGCAUCGCCAAGAACCUGGUGGAGAAGGGGAUCCUGACCACGGAGAAGCAGAACUUCCUGCUCUUCGACAUGACCACCCACCCAGUCACCAACACCACCAAGAAGCAGCACCUGCUCAAGAAGCUGCAGGAGAGUGUCCUGGACCGGUGGGUGAAUGACCCACACCGCAUGGAUAGGAGGACCUUGGCUUUGCUGGUGCUGGCCCACUCCUCGGACGUCCUGGAGAAUGUUUUCACCCCGCUGGCGGACGACAAGUAUGACACGGCCAUGAACCGGUCGAAGGACCUCUUGGACUUGGACCCCGACGUGGAGGCCACCAAAGCCAGUGCCACGGAGAUGAUCUGGGCUGUCCUGGCGGCCUUUAACAAAGCCUAAAUCCAGACCGCCUUGCCUGUUCGAUGUAGCACGGGACCUUUGGGCGGAGAGCUGCCCUGGGCCGGGCCAGCGCAAACUCUGUUCUACAUGGCACCUGGGUUUCACUGAUGUCCGUGCCCACCCCAACCUACCUCUCUUGGCUGGGGAUUGUUGUGCUGGUAGAACGAGCGACUGUAUGUUGUAUGUCCUCUUCUCGUAAACACUUGGCUACAUGAAGGUCUUUGUCUCCGGGGUGGGGAGGGUUGGCUCACGGCUCAGUCGGCUCUCUCGUUUCACAUCACCUUUUGGAGAAUGGAGAUGUAGAAUUGCUGUUGGGAUGGAUUCUGCUCUUCUUUACUCUCCAUUGAUUUUUGAGGGCAGGGGUUAGCUUGAGUUGACGGGGCCUGCUCCAUUCCUGCACUUGAGGCACUGACGAACGGGGUGGCUUUAAGCCACUUUUGCACUCCCUGUGUUCUGAGGCUUGCCUGGCCCCCCCACGGUGUAAGUUAGAGCAGUCUGGAGGCUGCUCUACAUUAUGCUCUGCUCCCCAUGGCGACCAGCGGGCCCUGGGAAGCAGGGAAUCGCUAUUACGCAGGGUACUCUGGACAUGCUCCUGGUCUCCAGGGUCGGGGGCAAGGCCAUUGAAGAGCCAUGACGCCAGCUCCACUGUAGCUAAGGAAGAGGGGGGUGUUUCCCCAUUGUUGGGGCCCACCUGUGCUGCAGAGCACUGCGAAAGGGCCUGGGUGUCCCCAAGAACCAGGCUGGCAGAGUCUGACCUGGUCUGACACUCGCACUGGUGUAAUCCUGCAGACUGCAGGGGUGCAGCUCCUAGCACGCACUGGAGUCAGAGAGAUCGGUAUCACGGCCUCUGAAACCACGGGGCUGUAGCUGCCCCUUUCCGCAGCAUGGCUAACUUCUUCAUGACCUUUCCCGUUCAAUUUCUGCUGGGACAGGGAGGGCCCGAUUCACAGCCAAGGUGAGGUCUGUGAGUUUUCAGAGCUUGUUGGUGUCCGGAGUGAGAUGCCACUGGGGUGUUGAAAGGACGCUUGUGCAGGAAUCCGCCUCUUACGCUGAUGGGUCCAAGUAAAAGGUUGAGGAGGCGUUACCCGGUGACAACGUAGACCUGUAAGGAGUAAUCUGAGCUACCUCCAGUUUGACUGUUAUGUCUGAAUGAGCGCCUAAGUCCACAGGCCAGGUCUUUGGCUGGGAUAAGCCAGCCUAGCACCAUCAACUUCAGUGGAUCUACAACUGUUCGCACCAGCUGAGGAUCCGGUCUCCAUUUGGGUUACACCUGCGCCAGUUCCAAGUAACUCCGGAUUUACACUGGGGUGAGAGGGGAACCCAGCUCUUGCGCUUAGAUCCACGAGGCCGUGAACUUCCCAAAUUGGACAACCGUGCCUAGAAGCAACCGGCCUGAUUCUGCUUGCAGUCGCAUGGGUGUAUAUGAGAGAAGGGAAUUAUGCUGUGGAAAGCCAAUGUAAAUGAGAUCAGGAUCAGGCCCACCAAUCUCCAUCUUGAGAGGAGAAAGGGAGCGAAUGCUAUUCGGCCAACUCAAUUUGGUUAUAACUGACCCUCCCUGUCUUUUUUUUUUUUUUAAUUCUGCAAAAUUCUUUCCUGCCUUUUGAUGAUCAAUCCCUUUCCCAGCACGUGCUCCCUGCUCAAUGCAAAGGAGGAACAGACAUGUUAGCAACAGGGAAUGGAAAGGAAGAUUCUGGGCUGACUCUUCAUUGACUUUAGUCGGGUAUUAGGAGCACGGGUGAUUAAACAGGUCUGGACUCAGAGCGCCUUGCAAGCAGAGAUCAUCAAAGCAAAGAUAGUCUAGAUUUUGCAUUUACUACCUGUUGUCUUUCAUUCAUGUCCUCAGUUUGCUGUGAGCUCUGCAGAUAUUUGCUUACAGAGUCAGGUUCUUCUCUGCUAAUAGAGGGACACUAUCCUAGCCGCCCCAUGGCAUGCUGCCCCAAGCCAGAAUGUCCCCAGCUAAGCCAGGCUUUUGAGGUGAACAGCAUGGGGGGUGGAGGGUAGGGGAGGGGGAAGGAGAACUGCACCUGACCUACAUGCAUGACCGUAACACUAAUUGGAACCUGUGGUCCAUUGGGGGGGAUACCUGGUGGGGGCACAGUGUGAAGCUGACUUGUAUUAGACUCCAGGACAUGGUUUGCUCUGUUAGAUGUGGAGUGUCUCCAUUGCCGUCAGUGGGUCAGAUUCUCAGCUGGGGCAAAUCAGCCUAGCCUAACUCCACUGAUGUCAGCAAAGCUACAUUGGUUAAGAAUAUGGCCCCUUGGAUUUACAUGGGCAUAACUGAGAGCAGAGCCGUGCCACUGGGGGAUGAAGUUUGCAUCAAAGUGAUGACUUGAACUUCAGCCUCGGAAGGGGAAAGAGCAUUUCUCCGUUAGAGGUGGGCUAUCGGCGUUCCAUCCUCCAAGGAGAUUCUGCAGGGCGAAUUCACUAGAGUGAAGUUGGAAUGGGGAAAACACAGACAGGAUCAGGUAUCCUGAGCUUUCUGUUCAGUAGAAACUUUGGAUAUGUGGACUGGGGAGUGGAGGGCACUGGUCACGAUUUUGGGUUACACUAGCAGUGUGGUCUAGUGGUUAGAUUAGAGAACGGGCCUGGGGAUUUCAGAAGCUAAGGUUCUAAUGCUGUCGCUGCGAUUUUGGUAAGUUGCUAUGUAACCUCCAUGGACCCAGUUUUCUUGAGUGCCAGGGGGGAGGUUAUUUUACUUCUGCAUUUGGCACUGGUGCAACAGCUACUGGAGUAUGGACCCUGGUUGUGAUGUGCACGGUUCAAGAAGGAAGUGGAUGUACUCGAAAGCGUUCAGAGAAGAGCGACAAGAAUGAUUAAAGGAUUAGAAAACCUGCCUCAUCGUGACAGACUCCAGAGCUCAGUCUAGUCAGCUUAGCAAAGAGGAGGGUAAGGGGUGACUUGAUUACACUCCCUCGGCAUCUCCAUGAGGAACAAAUAUUGAACAAGGGGCUCUUCCCUCUAGCAGAGAGAGGUCGAACACGAUCCAAUGGCUGGAAGUUGAAGCCACACAAAUUUCAACUGGCAAUGAGGCAGGAGGAAUGAACAAUCAGACCAAUUUCCCGAGGGUCAAGGCAGGUUCUCCAUCGCUGGCCAUUUUUUUUAAAAUCGCGGUUGGAUGUUUUUCCAAGGGAUCUGCUGUAGAAAUGACUUUGGGGCAGUUCUCUGGCCUGUGUUGUACAGGAGGUCAGACUAGAUGAUCACAGUGGUUCCUCGUGUCCUUAGAAUCUAUGAAGCUCCCCUCUAAUAGAAGGAUGAUAAUAUUCACUGUACCGACCCUGUCAGGGAGCUGUGAGGCACUUUGCUAUUGUAAUACCAUACCCCUGGGUGCAGUGACAGCAGCAGGAAUGGAACCUCUGUGUCUAAAACCAGGUGUCUCCUAGCCUGAGCUAGAAGUCCCUGCCCUAUUAGCCAGCGGUGUAGCAGGCUCGUCAGCUGUGUAUGUGGCCCAUCCACCAUUAGCGGGGGAGAGAGAACACUACACUGGGUGGGUUUGGCUCAUGCUAUCUUGGAUGGAAGGUUCUGUAGAAUGGCUGUGUGGUGUUGUCCUAAUAAGGUGCUAAUUAUAUCCCUGAUUGACCACCGCUCACUUUUUAUAGAGGAUAGAUCCAGGUCUGUGCUCCCAUCCCAUGGACUCAGUCAUAGACCUGCAGAGCACAUGCAUAAUCCACAUGUAUAUAUUUUUGUUUCUCCUCUGAAAUAGCCUCCUGAACUCUGCUUAGAAUUUUACCUCCAGUGCAGCCACACAUCUGAGAACCUGAGCAUCUUCCUUUGGGUUUUUAAGCGACCGCAGGGGAUCCGGGUGUAAUUCCUUAGGAUAACUGCAAACCAGCAAGGGGAUGUGCCGUUGCAGUUAAAGGUGAUCUGCAAAGUCGGGGGGAAGUUGGGAUUUGUGUCCUUUUGGGCUGCUUAGUGAUGGAUGAAGAAAGCCUGAAUGCAUUGUAUUAAAAUGAUUCUUACUUUACAAGUUUUUGCUCUGGUGAUGAAGGUCGGAGAGAGAAUGACUGAUUAUGAUAUUGCAAGAGACUGAGCAACUGCAAGCAGAAGGAUUUUAUUUUAGGCCAUCUCUUUCAAGCAGUCUGGCUUUUGCUGACACCAGUUUAACAGCAAAAUCUAACAAAAACUGAGCCACAACACACACUCUCCAGUGAAGGUGCGAGCGCUACCGCUGGGUCAGGAACUUUUUCCACAAUGCUUUUUUUUGUUGGAAAAUGCCAAUUUUGUCAACCAAAAAUUUCCCCAGGAACCUUGCCGCCUCGAAAAGAUUUGGUGGGGGCGUAGCAGCGAUUGCUAAGCGUUUUGGCAUUUUAAAACAAAAAAUUCUGGGUUUUUUUUUUUUUCGAUUUCCAAUUUGAAAUACACGCAAAUUCUAAUUUUUGGGAAAAAAAGUUAAAAUUGGUCAAGAUGGAAACGAAACACUUUGACCUAAACCAAAAUGUUUUUUCAGAGUUUGCAAACACUUUUUUGACUUUUUGUCCCAAUUUGGCCUUGAGAUUCUGCAGUGAGAUCCACCCAGGGAGCUCGUGGGGCUGGACUUGGAUCCAUCCCCAUGGGUCCAAUUGCAGGAUCGGGGCCAUUGUUUUCCUCACGUGGGUCUCUUGCGCAGCAGAGAGAGAACUUUUGCAGAAUAGCAGAGGGAUUGCAAAACAUCCCCAGUUUACACUAGUGCUCCAGGAGGGAGAAAGCUCUGAAACGACUUAGUGUUUUAGGCUGUGGGGUGUCUCUUCAGCUGGUGAGGGGAUGGUAAAUGCAGGGAAAUGACUGUUGAGUCCAGGCUGCCUUCAUCAAAAUGUGUAGUUGCAAAGGCCCCCAACUCGCAAUCAGAUCCAUACGGAUGGAGCUGUGGGGCUCUUGAAGUCUGUGGCCUAGUGGGUGAAGCACCAAAUUGGGAGUUGGGCAACCAGGGUUCUAUUCCUGGCUCUGUUACUGGCCUGCUGGGUGACCUUGAGAGUCAUGUCACCCCAUGCCUCAGUUUCCCCACCUGUAAAGUGCUGUGAGAUCGCGGGUGAAAAGCGCUAGAUAAGAGGUGGGGAUCGUUAAUUGUACUGUGAUCGUGCCUAGGUAGGGGCUGUAGGCAUGGACCUGGACCCCAUAGUGCUAGGGGCUGUACAAACACAGAAUGAAGAGUUGGUCCCUGCCCCAAAGAGCCGAUUGCAGGCUCUGGGCCUGAAGGUGAAAUUUUCAGGGGUGACCGAACUCUUACACUAACUAUGGGUGCUUUAAAAAUCCCAACCCCUAAAACUGUGACUAUAGAUUAGACACAAAGGGGUCUGAUUGCCUUGUGUUAUAAAGUCAACUGUACCUAAAUAACUUUUCCUCUUGGCUGAGUGUUCAUCUACGAAACAUGGUAAUUGUAGGUUCAUUGCAACGGUAGAUUCCUGAUUCUGCUCUAGUGUAAAGCAGACUUGAUUUCAGUUUAACAUCUACAUCCACACCUUCUUGCUUUCUGGGGUGCUUCUGCCCCCCCCCCCAGCUGGGGACUAUUCUGGGUGACUCCUAUUCCUAAACGGCCACAAUCCUUCCGUAUGUAGUAGAUUCACUCUGCAGGCGUAAUAGUAACUCAAAUUCUAUGGGAAAAAACAAAAUUUAAUGCUUCUCCCUGACCCCUUCUUUGUUGUUCCAUUUUUAUUGCGUGACUGUGAAUGAGUUUCUUUGCAGCACCAAGGACUCGUGGGGUAAUUCAGAUGUAGCGUUUAGCUGCUGUGGAUUAAACUGCUCUUAAUAAUAAACAUUUAAAUUUU